CUGAGUUUUCAGUGAUUGCAGUGAAAAUACAGCGUUUGCCCCAGAGUUGUGUGACUUACGUAUAUUGACACAUUAUUUCUUUGUACACAAUAUGGCUGUUUUUGUAUCAAAAACAACUUAAUUUGCAGUAACUUCAGAAAGUUUCGUUGACGCAUGCGCGGUUCAAUUCUGUCUUCCCUUCCCCCGGCUAACUGAAACUACAGAUGUUUUAACGUCGUGACGUAAACUGAAUAUAUUUAAGGUUUAGAACAAAACAGGACUUGGAUUUGAGGACAUCAUCCCGCUGUCUGUAGUCUCUUUGCCACAACCUACAACAGAUUGUACACAAUCAUCAUGGCGACCCAGGAUGGAAGUGAGGAAGUCAUAAUGGAAACUGAGGCAAAGCCAAAAGAAGCCGAACCGCUAGUUGAAGAUGCAGAAGCUACGUCUCACACAGAUGCAGGAAACGCCACAACUCAGGACUCUAGUAUUAGCAAUGGGGACGACGCAGACGACAAGGAGAUGGUGGACUUGAAGAUUAUCUGGAACAAGAAUAAAUAUGACCUGAAAAUUCCUGUUGAUAGCACCGGAGCCAAACUAAAAGAGAGCAUCCAUUCUCUCACUGGUCUUCCACCGGCAAUGCAGAAAGUGAUGUACAAAGGACUGCUUCCAGAGGACAAGACGCUACGCGAGAUAAAGAUUACAAACGGUGCAAAAAUAAUGGUGGUUGGCUCUACAAUAAAUGAUGUAUUAGCUGUGAAUACACCCAAAGAGGUCAUUCAGCAGGAAGUGAAAGCCGAAGAGAACAAGAAAGAGCCUUUAUGCAGGCAAAAGCAACACAGGAAAGUUUUGGAUAAAGGUAAACCAGACGACAUAAUGCCAGCUAUUAAAGGAACAAAGGAACGAUUACCAACAGUGCCUUUAUCCGGAAUGUUUAACAAGUCCGGAGGAAAAGUUAGACUCACAUUCAAACUGGAGCAAGAUCAGUUGUGGAUCGGAACAAAGGAGAGAACGGAGAAAGUCCCAAUGGGCUCCAUUAAAAACGUAGUGUCCGAACCCAUCGAAGACCAUGAGGACUAUCACAUGAUGGCUUUUCAGUUGGGUCCGACGGAAGCGUCUCAGUAUUGGGUCUACUGGGUGCCUGCACAGUUUGUCGAUGCAAUCAAAGACACAGUCCUUGGAAAAUGGCAGUAUUUCUAAUGUGCCUCUUUUUUUUCGAUGAUGAACUGGGAUUGAGAAGAGGAGCCAGGUAAUGAAAAUAAUGAAACUGGAGUCAGCAGUGAGGCUUAAGGAGCGUCUUAUUGGAAUAUAUUGGAAGGAAGCAGACGGAUGCCUGUGGACUAAUCAUAUUGUUUUUAGGUUAAAAGUGCACUAUGUGGCAGCAUAACAUUUCUCAGCCCUGUUGAUCAUUCAAGGUUUUCAGCAAAUCCGAGAGAAAAUGAUGAAACAAUUGUACAGAAAUUGCUAACACUUUUCUUCAGUUAUUCUUAAAGAAAUAAAACUUAUUUAAUGAAACGAU